AUGACUGAGCCUCGGCCGUAUCGAGCGGGGCUUGGUCUACCACCCGUCUUCACCAUCCGCUCUGGUGAAGCGCCGUCCCGUGAUGCCCACGACAACAUCGUCGAGCACGACUUUGACGCCGAAGAGGACCAAGAUCAGGCAGAAGGCUCUCACCCCGGGAAGAAGGUCGAAAGUAAAGAGCCCAUUGUCUUUGAGGCUCUCCCCAAACAUCUUGCUUGGCCAGAGUGGAAUGUAAAUCCGUACAAACACGGUCCCGAACGUCUCAAACGCCCUCCCACUUUCGUCAAGUCGACGAUUACCUACGAUGAGCUAGGGAGGAGUGUAUCAGACGGUGUGGAAGUCGAUAUUGAUACGGGGAGAUCUGAGGCAGUGGAAGCCGCGAAGGAGAAGAGGGAAGUCGAUAGUGGAGACAAGGUGAAGGAUUGGUAUCUCAGCUUGGCGAAAGGGUCAGGCUCGAAUGCCGCCUCUGUACCAGCUGCCGCCAGUCGCCCGGUCUCUCUUACACCCACGUACAUCCCCCCAGAUCCUCCCAAAGAUCCCCUGCAUAUGCCAGUGAAGCGUCAAGAUUGGUUCGUCCGUCGCCCCCUCGUCACAUCCCAGUCUCUCCCCUCCUCACGCCCCUCCACCCCUGCUCCUUCUUCGAUAUCAUCGCUACUUUCUCUUCCUUCUAUACCCAAUGCCAAGGCGAGCAACAAGGGGAAAGAUAAGGCGCAUUAUUAUGCGCUGGGGCCAGAGAACAAAGGGUACGGAAUGCUCCAAGGCUUGGGCUGGGGAGGUGGUGGCCUGGGGAAACCCGAAGGGUGGACUGAAGUGCCAGAUGAUGGUACCCCGCCUUCUCAAGAAUGUUCCAUCCGGAAGGAUGACAAGGGGAGGCGGAAAAGAGCCCAUAGUCGCCCUGAGGAUGAAGUACAAGAGACGGACCCCAAGGGGAAUCCCAUCAUUGACCUCACUCUGUCGCCCUCUCUUUCUCCUUCACCAUCCCCUUCCGUGUCCCCCGAGCCCUCGCCCAUGUCUGGUCCAGGGCGUGUAACUCCCAUAUCCACCGCCCUAAAACUAGACCGCCUGGGCUUGGGACAUUCACACACUUCCCAAGCGAAAAUCACACAUACACAGAAGGAGAUUGUAAAGGCGCAGAAGAAGGCCAAGAUGGGGCAUAAGAGAGUCUUCAAAGGAGAGGAGGCGGGGAUGAGCAAGAAGGAGAAGGUUGAUUGGAAGAGAAAGAACAAGAAGGAUAGAGAGGACAGGAUCAGGUUGAUGGCUGCUCUAAAUUAG